AUGUCUUUCGCCUGCGGCAGGGUCAGCGUCUCCCGCCUGCGGCAGGGUCAGCGUCUCCCGCCUGCGGCAGGGUCAGCGUCUCCAGCCUGCGGCAGGGUCAGCGUCUCCAGCCUGCGGCAGGGUCAGCGUCUCCAGCCUGCGGCAGGGUCAGCGUCUCCCGCCUGCGGCAGGGUCAGCGUCUCCAGCCUGCGGCAGGGUCAGCGUCUCCAGCCUGCGGCAGGGUCAACGUCUCCCACCUGCGGCAGGGUCAGCGUCUCCAGCCUGCGGCAGGGUCAGCGCCUCCAGCCUGCGGCAGGGUCAGCGCCUCCAGCCUGCGGCAGGGUCAGCGUCUCCCGCCUGCGGCUGGGUCAGCGUCUCCAGCCUGCGGCAGGGUCAGCGUCUCCAGCCUGCGGCAGGGUCAGCGCCACCAGCCUGCGGGAGGGUCAGCAUCUCCAGCCUGCGGCAGGGUCAGCGUCUCCAGCCUGCGGCAGGGUCAGCGCCACCAGCCUGCGGGAGGGUCAGCAUCUCCAGCCUGCGGGAGGGUCAGCUCCCAUAGCCUGCGGCAGGGUCAGCACCGCCAGGGCACAAGAUCACCCGCCGCAGGACCUGCCGCAGGUCCCGCCGCAAGAACCACCACCGGUCCCCAAAACUGGGAUUAAAUUACGGCCCUUGUGCUAA